GUCCUGGUCUAAAGUAGUGUACUAUAUAGAUAAUAGGGCCCUGGUCUAAAGUAGUGUACUAUAUAGGGAAGAAGGAGAGCGCUUUUGGCCCUUGUCUUCUGACCUUGCAUCUGUCCAGUACUCUGCAGGUCACAGUUCAUCCACAGCCUCUCUCAGAAGAUCUGAGCGGUCGCUAUGGUGCUGCCGAUAAAGGCUGGGACUCUCCACAGCAGCAGGACAAGAUGACUACCAACCAGCCCACCACCCCUGAGAUUAACUUUAUUAAUCCCCUCAUGGGGAAAUGAGUCUGUCAUCCUUACAGACAUAGUACAUUCACAACAUUUAAAAUAUAUAGAUAUAUAUAAAUAUAUGAUUGGUCAGGUAAAACGUGCAGUAUACCGCACAGUGGCCAUUAAAGUGCUGGGUGAUGUCAUGUUGUAUAGGAUUUGUAUAGGACAACCUGCAGCCCGACAGACAUCGUGGUCAACAAGAGUCCUGAACUACUGCUACCUACAGGGGGAACUGGAGCCAAAACAGAUCGGAUCAAUAAGGACAUAGAUGCAAUGAGACAGCGAUCAAUUACCUUUGAGGAAUGGGUCUGAAGGAAAACAAGGACACUCUUCCUCAAAGGGUGUAGGCCUAGUAUGAACCACACGGGGUUGCUUCUCAAAUGUCCAGACUCGGCUCUUCGGCGUUAUAUUCACAUCGGCUACGUAUAAAGGACAUGCCAAUUCCAGGUUACAAAUACUGCCUUUACAGAGUACGUUUUAAAUGGCAGAGAAAUGAGGGGUAAAGGUAGAUAAAAAAUUCACUUGCAUAAACCAAAUUGUUUGACAAACUCAAAGGAUGCGCAAGGUUUUUUCAAAGCAUUCCAUAAAUAAAGCAGUCAUAAGCAUUGGUCACCUGCUGCUCAACUGCGACCUAGUCCUUAUUGGAAUCAACAGCCAGAACCGAUUCCUUUAACAAGACAGUAAGGGAUUGAUUUGUUUAGGUAGGCGGCGCUGGUGUCACCUGUUAAUUAAUAAAUGAGCACAAAUCCAAUAUCAUUUCAUGACAACCAAUCAACGGAAUGGAAAGGUAUACCAUGUUUUGAUCAUGCCGCCGUUCUGAAGUAAGAGACACAGACAGAUACAAUCACUAAUUGACUCAUUCAAUAUUAGCUGGUGAGAACGUACAAGAAACGUUAUCAAACACGUUGCAACAAUGUUCCAAUGUAACCAAUAAUAUAAACACAAGAUACCUUCAAUGUAGGGCGGGUUUUUUGGAUGAGGUGCAGUGUGCUCCAAUCACAAGACGUAUUUUUCCGCCGUAAGCAAUACAGACGUGAAUAUCAUCCAAUCGAAUCUCUCGACGCGAUACGCUAGGUUGGACAGUUGCGUUUCGUCGCUGUAGCUACGCGCUAGGCAAGACAAGCAGUAUGGCGGAAGAAGAGAGUGAAUUUGAGUUAGAGGGUUUUAAAAAAGAAUUGGAGAGUUUGUUUGUCAGUAACUCAAGUGAAGAAUACGGACUUCAAAGCAAGUUAUACUGUUUACGGUUCUGUAAGUUGGUGGAGGUGUAUUCCGGACGAUGGCAGGUACCCUUGCCACAGCUGCAGGUGCUCCAGACUGCUCUAUGUUCCUUUGUCCAAGCCUCGGCCUGCUUCCCGUCUGACUGUGAACAUGUAUGCUACACACUGAGUAGCCUUGCCCUGAGUGCUUUUGAGCUCUUGCUGUUUUUGAACAGGAAUAAGAUCCUGCAGGAUCCCUUGAAAAAUAUCCUUGAUUCGUUCCAGGAAUGUUUUUCCCAGCUGGAGAGGCACCAGAACAUUCACCUGCUUCAGGUGGGACAGAUCAUCAGAGAGAAGGGCCCGUGGACCAACCCCAUACUACAGGCCAUCCUGAAGGACUCGCAACAGCCCCGGGAUGAAGUGGACCGGUACCUAGGCUCAGAGGUGCCAGUGUUCUUCGAGCUGCGUGUUCGUUACCUGCUGUCCAGUGAGAUGUUCACCGAGGCUGUGGUCUUGGCUAAGACCUGCUCUCAGCACCCUGUUGCCGGACGACACCUGUUCUUCAGACAGGCCUACCUCACCUGUCUCUUGAAGGCGUCGCUCCCUCACCAUAUGCACGAAGAGAUGUCUGACAUCGACGGUAAGGAUGCUGUGGAUAUCGUGUGUAACGCAGAGAGUGAGGAGAGCGACGAGACGCUUCUGGCCCUCUGCACAGCCUUCCUCGCUCAGCAACUACGCAGAGGAGAUAUGUACUGCAUGUGGGAUUUGGUGUUCGUAUGGAGUCGACUCCAUCUGCGGGUCAAGCCUUCCAAGCAGGCCUUCCUGGAAGAGAGUCACCGGUUGAUGCUGUCCGCCACCAACAUCAGAUCAAUAUUCUCUUUCAUCAGAGUGAUCCUUGCAGAGCUAGGAAAGGAUGGUCUCCAGUUUUGUGUGGAGCUCUGCACCCACUCCCUCCAGACGAACCCCUGCGACGACGCCACCAAGUCCCUCAUCUACAAGACGGUAGCCUACCUCCUCCCCAACGACCUGGAGGUCUGCCGGGCCUGCGCCCUCCUCGUCUUCUUCCUGGAACGCACCGUGGAGGCCUACAAAACGGUGUUCCUCCUCUACACGCACCCCGACCAGGAGUACCACGCCGAAGCCGGUCCCAUCGGGAACCACAUCCGCUUUGAGAUCCUCCAGACCCUGAAGAGAGGUCUCUACUUCGAUCCAGAGUUCUGGAACCUUUUGAAUCUCCGGACCAACUGCCUGAAGCUGAUGAGUGAGAAGAAGGCGGAGUUGGCGAUGAUGAUGGAGGAGGAUGAUGGGUGGGUGUCCAACUACUGUAGCACUGCCACCAAAGAGCCUUGUUGCAGCUGGAGCGCCGACCUGUCAGAGCGUGUGCAGCCUACACAUGUAGAGACUAAACCAGUACAGACUAAACCAGUACAGAAGCACGUUCAGAUUAAACCCUUUCACCAGGUAACGGCGCCCAAAAGGCGGUUCCAAAAAGAAGAGAAGAAUCCCGGUUCCACGGCGCCGGCGGCGGCAGCCAAACGUGUCAAAGCUCAAAGGUUGGAAAAGACCUCUGUUGUCGAGCCGCCGCAGCAGACUGUUAAUCAUGUGACGCCGGUGACGGCGAAAGCUAAGAUAGAGAAGCUGGCUGAACCCUCUGUUGUCGAGGAACAACCUGUGAUAAAAAGAAGAGGGAGGAAGCCCGGGCCGAAGCCGGGACCGCGGUCAUCUGUCAAAACAACAGAGUCGUCAGCCGAGACCUCCUCUGUCAGACGGUCCUUCAGACAACUGGACAUGGCGCAGGAGAACCUGGCCAGGCAAGUCGGUCAUAGACCACAUAGGCACAUGACCAGACUCUCGGAGAAGAAACCUCCCAAACGGAGGGGUAGGAAACCCCGUUGGCUACUGGAGGGUACGUUUCAGGCUGAGAACAGUGCUCCACGGAAGGGUCGCCAACCAGGGAGGAAACCUCCACAGCAGAAGACCCAGCAGACACAUGUGGACAAGACCAAUAAGACCUCUCAGUCUGGUGCCGCUGUCAAGGAAAGCACAACCAAACAAAAGAAUGCCGUGACCUCACAGAAUAAAAUGGCGGGCGCUCGUCUAACAACUCCGAGGGAACAGGAAGGUAAACGUCAGAAGGAGAUUCCUGCUACUAACCACCUACCAGCAGUAUCUCCUGCUCAUGACUCAAAGCUGGAGGUCUCCCUACCUGACAACGAAAUAUUUGGGUUCUUCCAUGAGGAUUAUCUCAGUAGGCAAGGACCGGUGACUCUAAACUGUGAUAAAUCUAAGGCACCAAUCCAGGCGCAGUAUCGGGUGAAGGAUCGACUCGGAGAGGUGGUUAUCCUUUCCCCUCAGAACGCCAGUCUCUUAAUACACCAGUUGCACAACUACGCCCAGACGCCGAAGGCGGAAGGUGUCACGUUGAAUACCGAAACCUGUUUGUUGAAAGCGACGGAUGUCCGUCCUUCCCUAAACCAAAGUUGUCUGCCGGUGUCGUGUGACGCUUCGGGGGUAUUUUACCAGACGUCUCCGGUGGAAAUGGAAGUUGAGGUCUCCUCACAAAUUGACCAGGCAACCGCCACUGAUAUGACUUUCACACCACAAGGUGGAGCUGUCGAACACAUCGAAAGACCCAAGAAUGAGGAAGGAUUCUCUACUGACGCUCAGCAAACACGUACUCCAUCUGUUCCCGCAGUGAAUGUCAUUGUUCCUAAUAACACAGGAAGAAGAACAAAUACGGAUGUAACUGAUGUUCCAAGGGAACCAACGGAAGUUACGAAUAUUCCAAAAAAGCAAACCGCUUCUGAAGUCAGGGAUAUUUUAGAAUCGUCCAGGAAGUCCGAAGUUACUGAUAUUCUGAAAGAGGCUAUGGAUAUAGCAAACAUUGGUGUGGAUGAAGCAAUGAUGGGUGACGGUGACACUGGCAGCGUCCCUGGAAAGGAAACUCGGGAGCUUGUUGUUCUUACGCCUUUCUGCUGGCUGGCUAAUACCUCAAUGGAUGCGUUUGCCAAAGAGUUUGAAAAGUUUGCCAAGGGUCCGGAUUCUGAUGUUGUCGUAAAGCAGGAGUCGGUGAUACCACAGACCACAGAUAAUGUCUCGCACAAAACCUUGGAGAUGACAUUGUCAACGGUGUUACCACAGACCACAGAUAAUGUCUCGCACAAAACCUUGGAGAUGACAUUGUCAACGGUGUUACCACAGACCACAGAUAAUGUCUCGCACAAAACCUUGGAGACGACAUCGUCAACGUCUCCAAAAGUCAUCCCUAAGGCCGUCACAGACCCAGUGGUCCUUGAACACACUUCAAAAGUAUUCAAAGUCCAGGACACCCAACUGGACAUUAAGGGUACCUCACAAAACACGGAACCGGAGGAUAUCCCAAUGGCCGCUGAGAGCUUCCCACAGUUCACUGAUGAGACCCGGCAGCUUGAGCACCCCCUGACAGCCACUGUGGGUACUCCAGAGGACCCUGUGGACUCGACACAGGACAAUGACACCCCUCAGAUCACUGAAGCCCCCCCACAGAAUACACAGGACAUAGGACAACUCCCAGAGGACACCCUGAAAGUCACUUUCACUGAAGUCACCCCACAGGCUACUGAGGACUGCCCAAAAGCCACUGUGGAUACUCCAGAGACUGUGGACACACUACCACAGAACAUAGAGGAGGACAGCUUGGAGGUAAUUGAGGAUGCCCGGAAAGUCACUGUAGAUUCCUCCGAGCACAUUGAGGAUGCCCUACAAAUACAAAACACUGCAGACACCCUACAGGGCACGCCACAGCUCACAGUGGAUGCCCCAAUGGUUGCUGAAGAGCUCACCAAGAACACACGUGGUGCCAAACAGAACAAUGGGGACACGCCAAAGCUGCAUGAGGACACCCUACAGGACACACCUGUCACUGAGGACACCCCAGGAGUCCGUGAAGAGACGUCACAGGAACCCAAAGAUACCUCAAAGGUCAGCGGAGAUACCCCGAAGGUCUCUGAGGACAUCCUUAAAGUACAUGUGGAUACUCAGAAGGUCCCAGAGGACACCCCACAGAACACACAAGUCAAUGAAGACACCUCAAUGGUCACUGCAGAUACCCCACAGGACACGCAGUACAAUUCACCGGUCACCCCGAAAGUCACUGAAAGUGCUCACACUCCAAAGGUCACCCCAAGAGUCCCUGAAGACACGUCACAGGACCCCAAAGACGCCUCAAAAGUCACUCAAAACUCUCCACAGAAAACACAGGACACCCCAAAAUUCACUAAGGACACCCCAACUGUCUCUGGGGAUAUCGGACAACAUCCCGGAGAUGGCACUCCACAGGAAAAUGAGAACAACCCACUGGCAUAUCGCUGUAGUCUCUGCAACAAGGUUUUCAAAGGCAAACGUGUUAUAGCCCACGCCAUGUACCACUUCCGCCGGGACCAAUGUAUGUUCUGUAGGAUGCUGUUCAAAAACGACCUGCUCGCCAUGAUGCAUCUAUCCCAACACAUAGACAAGUUGAAAAAAGGAAACCUGCCGCCUGAUAUUGAGGAGGUUCGUGAGAACUGUAAAGCUGGGAUGUCAGACACGCCUGGACGCUCAACGCAGAGGGGGAGACGGGGACCUAAGAGGAUCCCUGUAAACUCCACAGAGUCAACUCCUCCGGAUUACAGGAAGCUACGGUCGACCAAUAGGAUCUCCUCUAUAAACUCCUCGGAGUCAACUCCACCGGAUCGCAGGAAGCUACGGUCUAACCCUAAGCUACUGUCGACCAAUAGGCUCUCAACUGACUCUCAACCUUCACCAGAGACUAAACUCGCAACAGAAGAGUCUGAAGGCAAGCAGUCGACGCAGAGGGUCAAUGGACAGAGGGGCAGAAGACGAGUUAAGGUUGAAGGAACUGAGGGUGACGGUGAUGCUCGGGCAGAGGAACAAGAAAAGAUCAGUAGGAGGCAAGAGGAGGAGCACUCGGCUCCGGAACAGAGGGAGGAACCCGUGGCGAUCUCUACUUCUCCGGCGACGACAUCGACAGGUGAACAAGGCGGAACCUAUUCCUCUCCUGUGACGAAGACUUUGGAAGAAGAGGAGAAACCCUGUUCCUCGGCAAAGACCAUGGAGGACAACGCAGAAUCUCAGCCUGUAUCGGUAAAACAGGACAGGCUUUCAGUUUCCCCUCUAGAGACCUCAGUUCAGGGUAAAGAGACUCCCGGCAGCUGCCCUGUGGAGGGAUGCACAGAGAUAUUCACUGGAAAACGGCAUUCUCUCCUCGGACAUAUUCUGGACGAUCACCGCGGCGACGCCAAACCCUUGGAAACGACGUUCCGUCACGGGAAUGGAAAAUGCAAUAUUUGCAAGAAGCCCGUUUUGACUUUGCAGCAUUACCAGCACCACAUUGUAUGGCACGGAGGAUAUCCCAGGCAUCCCUGUCUACAUGAUGGGUGUAAAGCCCGGUUCAGUGCAGCGACAGAAAUGAGGAACCACGCGAAGACCCACCAGCCCCUCCUGGCAGUGUGCUGUUUCCCAGGUUGUCGGGAGCGCCUGGCUUGUCUUCUGGAGCUGAACCGCCACGAACAAGAACACUAUCGUCUUCCGAAGGAAGGGAAGGAUGAAUCUGUUUUCGCAACCCUCGUCACCAAUACCACCUCUGUAAAAGUGACUAGACGGUGUAAGACGAAGAGGAAUAAGCUACAGAAGAUGCAGGGUGUAAAGAAACGAUGGCCUCUUGGAGAAGAGGGAUCGGCAACUGACCUCACUACUACUACUACUACUGUAAAGGUAACUAGGAAGUAUGACUUGACCAAGACGUUGAAGAAAACACAGGUUAUAAAGAAACGGAAUGUUCAUAGAGACAAGGACCCUCGUACUACUGACCUCUCUACCGUCUCUGUAAAAGUAACAAAUAAGUUGAAGAAAUUGCAGGUUAAGAGGAAACCGUGUGUUGGUAAGAAAAUGGACGCUCCAACCACUCCCGUCACCACGGCCAAUGAAAAGGCUGAAAAAGUGAGCAAGAAGUUAAAGAUGAUUCAUAAGGUAAAGAAAGCGUGGUCUGUAAAGAGAGAGAACGUUAGCAAAGACAAUUAUACCCCAACUGGUCCAACCACCUCCGCCACAAUUACCGCCACUGAAAAAGUUACCAAAAAGCUACAAUUUUUAAAUAAGUUGAAGAAAAUGCUUGUUAUUCAGAAACCGAACGUUAGCAACGAAAAGGAUACUCAACCUGGUCCAGCCACCGACACAAAAGCGACAAAAAAAUCUAAGGUGACCGAUAAGUUAAAGAAAACACAACUUGUAAAGAAACCGAGCGUUGGAAAAGACCCCAGGAAGAUGUCGGCCGUUAGCACAGACGAGGAUACCCAACCUGUUCCUCCCACCGUCGUUCCAAAAGUCACCGAGAAGUUACCCAUGGUGACAGAGAAGGUGAAGAAAACACAAGUUCUAAAGAAACAAAUUGUUAUCAAGGAACCCAAGAAGACAUCAAAAAAGCCCUUGAAGUCAAAGACCUCUGGUCCAGAGAAAAAUGUUAAUAAAGUCACAGAAGUGCUGGGAAGUGAAGACAAAGAAGUGGUAGAAAGUAAAUCAAAGGAAGAAAAUAAUAAACCAUCUGUAGAAAUAUCAGACUCGACAGCUAGCAGUGUCUGUGACCAGAAGAUGGUUAACGGACAUUUAAAGGUCAUCACUAAAGAAUCACCAAAAUACCAGAAAAGUCUUAAAACAAGCACAGUUUCCAAAUCAAAGAAAUGCGAACCACGAAACCAUAAGCCUGCUACUCCCAAACCCCCUACAAAUACUCCCAAACCCCCUACAAAUACUCCCAAACCCCCUACAAAUACUCCCAAACCCCCUACAAAUACUCCCAAACCCCCUACAAAUACUCCCAAACCCCCUACAAAUACUCCCAAAACCCCUAUCAAGGAGGAAGCGAAAAACUCUACAUUCUUUGGGAAGAUUAACAACAGGCCGUACGUCCGUCCUCCGCCCACGGCCUACCUAGACGAGAGGUACACCACCAUGCCAAAACGCAGGAAAGAGAUGUCCUGGACCACUCGUCUCUCUCCAAUGCGCCCGGACCUGGUGGUGGAGGCAUCGGGGACCACGGCUACACCUUUGGUCUGUAGGCGGCGCUGUGCCAAGUGUUUCUUGUCCUUCGACAGCGGAGAAGAGUUGCAGACGCACCUCUCGCUUAAGAAAUGCACAACCCUUUUCGGUUUCGACUCAGACGAGGAGAGUAGCUGGUGAAGCUGCUCGACAAGACCUGUUUGGAUGUGCUGCUAUGGAAGGGGGGUGUGGGGGAUGUUGAUCCCCCUCCAAAAACCUGCUAGGAGUGUUGAACCCCUUUCUACCCUGCUACCUUACUGAGGGACGACCAGGGUUUACAGGACUCUUAACAUGACUUGCUGGCUAGUCUGGAACAGCCAUGCCAGGCCUCCUCUUGUGACUGUAGCGGGCUAGUCUGGGACAGCCAUGCCAGGCCUCCUCUUGUGACUGAGGCUGGCUAGUCUGGGACAGCCAUGCCAGGCCUCUUGUGACUGAGGCUGGCUAGUCUGGGACAGCUACAAACAGAAGACACCUCUCUCAACCCUGCUACCUUAUUGAAGAGGAUUCUUAAAGCGUUAACUCUUACAUGAUUUGCUGACUAGCCUGGUGGGAUGUGACUGAAGUUGGCCUCGGCGGCUACAAACAGAGGACGGAGAACUCUAUUAAGGGUUGUGACCAUUCUUCCAUGCUCUGUCUCCCGUGGUCAUAGGAGUAACCUACGACCUUUGAACCCUGACCUAAAAUCCAAAGUUCAGGGGAUUUUGAUUGAUCGACCAGGAAGCGUCUCUAAAGCCUAAAGGACUUAUGAGGCGGACACUAUGAGACCCGGCAGGAUGGUCGGAUAGUUAAUAUAUUCUAUGUUUUCAUUUGUUUUUACCGUAUUUACUUUGGACUGAAGAAGUGCCUGGAAUCAACCUGCUACUUCCUGCUUCUCUUCUAUUGGUCAAUGGUCUAGGGGUUUGUGUCCCAAAAUGGCAUAUUAUUCCCUCUAUAGUGCACUACCCUAUGUGGGCCCUGGUCAAAAGUAGUGCACUAUAUAGGGAAUAGUGUUCUAUAGGGCCCUGGUCAAAAGUAGUGCACUAUAUAGGGAAUAGGGUGUCAUUUGGGCCACGGAGACUUAUUGCCGGGGGUCAAGGAAUGACUCUUGAAGCUGUGAGAACUGAUGUUAUGCAGGGAUGUUAACUAUACAAAAUGUUCAGAUAUUUAACACACACUAAAAAAAAUAAAAAAAAAUAUUGCUCGUCUUUUUUUGCUUUUGCACUUGUCACUUAAACCCCAACCCCCCCCCCCCACCUAGUGAGUUUAACAGUCAAACUGCCAGGGGGAAGAGGCUCCAAAACCUCUCCUGUGAAUUAUAUGAUCUACGGCCACAACGCAACAAUAUGUGUAUUUAGAGAGCAUGUGGUAGGCAACGGGUAAUUGUCCAAAUAAAGGAAACCCUUGAGUAAAUGCGGGGAUACAAAAGUUUGUGUGUGUGAGGUGCAUUUUCCUGCCGUGGUCCAGGUCCGCUUGUACAAUCUAUGCCAAGGUGCAUUGAAGCUAUUCUGGCAGCUCGUUGUGACACAACAACCUAUUUAAGACAUUUAUGUAGAUGUUUCCUUUAUUUUGGCAAUUACCUGUAUUCGAUCAAAUUUUAACCAGUUAUUAUGAUGAUUAUUUUAACACUUGAUCCUCUGACUAAAUUAUGUUCUCUGGUGUAUUUUGAACAUUGAGAGCACGCUCCUGUGAUUGGAAAUCAUUUAUUUUUAUAACUUUUUUAUAUUAUUUUAUAUAUAUUUUUUGCCUCUUGGGCCAAGCCCCUGACUCACACAAUCGACCCGUAACAUUUAUUUAUUAAGCAGUUUAUUUUAUUAAUCAGUUACCCAAUCAAGGCAGGGCCCCCCCCCCCCUCCCCAGUUACCCACGUGGACGCCCCUGCCUCUUCUUCUCUCCCACGUCUGAUAAUUAGCAGAGCGGCAGCAGGCUGUCUAAAACUCAUUGACAGCGGGCUCCUGAAUCCUCCUGUGGUUGGCGGUUGCAGUAAAAAAAAAAAAUACAAAAUUCUAUCUAAUAUAUACUGUAUAUAAGUGUCUUGGGGGCCCCCCCCACAGUCCUGGGCCCAGGGGCUUCAGCCCCGGUAAACCCCUGCAUUAAUCCGGCCCUGUAUGUAGGGAAUAGGUUGCCAUUUGAGACAAUUGUGUCUGCAAUGUGCAAAGUGUCUUUUUUCAUUUCCAUAUUACUGCUUAAAUGUACUAUAAUACAAACAACCUGUUUGAACAUAUUUUGCCAUCAAUCAAUCAAUCAAGUUUAUUUUAUAUAGCCAUUCGUACAUCAGCUAAUAUCUCGAAGUGCUGUACAGAAACCCAGUCUAAAACCCCAAACAGCAAGCAAUGCAGGUGUAGAAGCACGGUGGCUAGGAAAAACUCCCAUCAUCAAUCAACAUCAACAACCUGUUUGAACAUAUUUUGCCAUAAGGCCUAAACAACAUCAACCUAUUUGAGCCAUAAGGCCUAAACAACAACAACAACAACCUGUUUGAACAUAUUUUGCCAUAAGGCCUAAACAACAUCAACCUAUUUGAGCCAUAAGGCCUAAACAACAACAACAACAACCUGUUUGAACAUAUUUUGCCAUAAGGCCUAAACAACAUCAACCUAUUUGAGCCAUAAGGCCUAAACAACAUUCCAUAUUUAAAAUUGACUAAUCAUAUUUUUUAUUUAUUUUUUUGGUAAUGUAUGUGACUUUAAUCAAUAUUAUAGUUUUAAUGCACAUUUUAAGUUUCACUCUUUGUAUAGCUGUCUGGGAUGAGUUGACGCGUUGUCAGUCUCCACACGACCAGAACUAUGCUGUCAGCUGUUGUUCAAUGUAUGGCCCCGUCCCAAACGGUUCCCUGUGUACUACUUGGGACCAGGGCCCCAUUUGUGUUCACUAUAAGGAAUAGGCCAGGGUGCCACUUGGGACUCGUAUUUAUUAAGAGGUUAGGAACUUGUUACGUGUAUUAAUUGACCCAUCUGUCCCCAACCAACAACGCUGCGUCUGGUGGUUCAGAAACCAGUGUAUCGAUAUCGUCUAUUGCUGCUCAACACAUGGACGAGACUAAACCCUUCUAUUAGCUUCUGACGUCACUUCCCUUUAAAAAAAAAAAAGAGAAAUAACUAUUGUUAUGUCAGUGAGGCGGCAGUACACCGUGUGGUGACUGUUCUACUGAACCCAACAGAACAGUGGCAGUACACCGUGUGGUGACUGUUCUACUGAACCCAACAGAACAGUGGCAGUACACCGUGUGGUGACUGUUCUACUGAACCCAACAGAACAGUGGCAGUACACCGUGAGGUGACUGUUCUACUGAACCCAACAGAACAGUGGCAGUACACCGUGAGGUGACUGACUGUUCUACUGAACCCAACAGAACAGUGGCAGUACACCGUGAGGUGACUGACUGUUCUACUGAACCCAACAGAACAGUGGCAGUACACCGUGAGGUGACUGUUCUCCUGAACCCAACAGAACAGUGGCAGUACACCGUGUGGUGACUGUUCUCCUGAACCCAACAGAACAGUGGCAGUACACCGUGAGGUGACUGUUCUACUGAACCCAACAGAACAGUGGCAGUACACCGUGAGGUGACUGACUGUUCUACUGAACCCAACAGAACAGUGGCAGUACACCGUGUGGUGACUGUUCUACUGAACCCAACAGAACAGUGGCAGUACACCGUGAGGUGACUGUUCUACUGAACCCAACAGAACAGUGGCAGUACACCGUGAGGUGACUGACUGUUCUACUGAACCCAACAGAACAGUGGCAGUACACCGUGAGGUGACUGACUGUUCUCCUGAACCCAACAGAACAGUGGUAGUACACCGUGAGGUGACUGUUCUACUGAACCCAACAGAACAGUGGCAGUACACCGUGAGGUGACUGUUCUACUGAACCCAACAGAACAGUGGCAGUACACCGUGAGGUGACUGUUCUACUGAACCCAACAGAACAGUGGCAGUACACCGUGUGGUGACUGACUGUUCUACUGAACCCAACAGAACAGUGGCAGUACACCGUGAGGUGACUGUUCUACUGAACCCAACAGAACAGUGGCAGUACACCGUGAGGUGACUGUUCUACUGAACCCAACAGAACAGUGGCAGUACACCGUGUGGUGACUGACUGUUCUACUGAACCCAACAGAACAGUGGCAGUACACCGUGAGGUGACUGUUCUACUGAACCCAACAGAACAGUGGCAGUACACCGUGAGGUGACUGACUGUUCUCCUGAACCCAACAGAACAGUGGCAGUACACCGUGAGGUGACUGUUCUACUGAACCCAACAGAACAGUGGCAGUACACCGUGAGGUGACUGACUGUUCUACUGAACCCAACAGAACAGUGGCAGUACACCGUGAGGUGACUGACUGUUCUACUGAACCCAACAGAACAGUGGCAGUACACCGUGUGGUGACUGUUCUACUGAACCCAACAGAACAGUGGCAGUACACCGUGAGGUGACUGUUCUACUGAACCCAACAGAACAGUGGCAGUACACCGUGAGGUGACUGACUGUUCUCCUGAACCCAACAGAACAGUGGUAGUACACCGUGAGGUGACUGUUCUACUGAACCCAACAGAACAGUGGCAGUACACCGUGAGGUGACUGUUCUACUGAACCCAACAGAACAGUGGCAGUACACCGUGAGGUGACUGUUCUACUGAACCCAACAGAACAGUGGCAGUACACCGUGUGGUGACUGACUGUUCUACUGAACCCAACAGAACAGUGGCAGUACACCGUGAGGUGACUGUUCUACUGAACCCAACAGAACAGUGGCAGUACACCGUGAGGUGACUGUUCUACUGAACCCAACAGAACAGUGGCAGUACACCGUGUGGUGACUGUUCUACUGAACCCAACAGAACAGUGGCAGUACACCGUGAGGUGACUGUUCUACUGAACCCAACAGAACAGUGGCAGUACACCGUGAGGUGACUGUUCUACUGAACCCAACAGAACAGUGGCAGUACACCGUGUGGUGACUGACUGUUCUACUGAACCCAACAGAACAGUGGCAGUACACCGUGAGGUGACUGUUCUACUGAACCCAACAGAACAGUGGCAGUACACCGUGAGGUGACUGACUGUUCUACUGAACCCAACAGAACAGUGGCAGUACACCGUGAGGUGACUGUUCUACUGAACCCAACAGAACAGUGGCAGUACACCGUGAGGUGACUGUUCUACUGAACCCAACAGAACAGUGGUAGUACACCGUGAGGUGACUGACUGUUCUACUGAACCCAACAGAACAGUGGUAGUACACCGUGAGGUGACUGUUCUACUGAACCCAACAGAACAGUGGCAGUACACCGUGAGGUGACUGUUCUCCUGAACCCAACAGAACAGUGGCAGUACACCGUGAGGUGACUGACUGUUCUCCUGAACCCAACAGAACAGUGGCAGUACACCGUGAGGUGACUGACUGUUCUACUGAACCCAACAGAACAGUGGCAGUACACCGUGUGGUGACUGUUCUCCUGAACCCAACAGAACAGUGGCAGUACACCGUGAGGUGACUGUUCUACUGAACCCAACAGAACAGUGGCAGUACACCGUGAGGUGACUGACUGUUCUACUGAACCCAACAGAACAGUGGCAGUACACCGUGUGGUGACUGUUCUACUGAACCCAACAGAACAGUGGCAGUACACCGUGAGGUGACUGUUCUACUGAACCCAACAGAACAGUGGCAGUACACCGUGAGGUGACUGUUCUACUGAACCCAACAGAACAGUGGCAGUACACCGUGAGGUGACUGUUCUACUGAACCCAACAGAACAGUGGCAGUACACCGUGUGGUGACUGUUCUCCUGAACCCAACAGAACAGUGGCAGUACACCGUGAGGUGACUGUUCUCCUGAACCCAACAGAACAGUGGCAGUACACCGUGAGGUGACUGACUGUUCUCCUGAACCCAACAGAACAGUGGCAGUACACCGUGAGGUGACUGACUGUUCUACUGAACCCAACAGAACAGUGGCAGUACACCGUGAGGUGACUGACUGUUCUACUGAACCCAACAGAACAGUGGCAGUACACCGUGAGGUGACUGUUCUCCUGAACCCAACAGAACAGUGGCAGUACACCGUGAGGUGACUGUUCUACUGAACCCAACAGAACAGUGGCAGUACACCGUGAGGUGACUGUUCUACUGAACCCAACAGAACAGUGGCAGUACACCGUGAGGUGACUGACUGUUCUACUGAACCCAACAGAACAGUGGCAGUACACCGUGAGGUGACUGUUCUCCUGAACCCAACAGAACAGUGGCAGUACACCGUGAGGUGACUGUUCUACUGAACCCAACAGAACAGUGGCAGUACACCGUGAGGUGACUGUUCUACUGAACCCAACAGAACAGUGGCAGUACACCGUGAGGUGACUGACUGUUCUACUGAACCCAACAGAACAGUGGCAGUACACCGUGAGGUGACUGACUGUUCUCCUGAACCCAACAGAACAGUGGCAGUACACCGUGAGGUGACUGUUCUACUGAACCCAACAGAACAGUGGCAGUACACCGUGAGGUGACUGUUCUACUGAACCCAACAGAACAGUGGCAGUACACCGUGAGGUGACUGUUCUCCUGAACCCAACAGAACAGUGGCAGUACACCGUGAGGUGACUGUUCUACUGAACCCAACAGAACAGUGGCAGUACACCGUGAGGUGACUGUUCUCCUGAACCCAACAGAACAGUGGCAGUACACCGUGAGGUGACUGUUCUACUGAACCCAACAGAACAGUGGCAGUACACCGUGAGGUGACUGUUCUACUGAACCCAACAGAACAGUGGCAGUACACCGUGAGGUGACUGUUCUACUGAACCCAACAGAACAGUGGCAGUACACCGUGAGGUGACUGUUCUACUGAACCCAACAGAACAGUGGUAGUACACCGUGAGGUGACUGACUGUUCUACUGAACCCAACAGAACAGUGGUAGUACACCGUGAGGUGACUGUUCUACUGAACCCAACAGAACAGUGGCAGUACACCGUGAGGUGACUGUUCUACUGAACCCAACAGAACAGUGGCAGUACACCGUGAGGUGACUGUUCUACUGAACCCAUCAGAACAGUGGUAGUACACCGUGAGGUGACUGUUCUCCUGAACCCAACAGAACAGUGGCAGUACACCGUGAGGUGACUGUUCUCCUGAACCCAACAGAACAGUGGCAGUACACCGUGAGGUGACUGUUCUCCUGAACCCAACAGAACAGUGGCAGUACACCGUGAGGUGACUGUUCUACUGAACCCAACAGAACAGUGGCAGUACACCGUGAGGUGACUGUUCUACUGAACCCAACAGAACAGUGGCAGUACACCGUGAGGUGACUGUUCUCCUGAACCCAACAGAACAGUGGCAGUACACCGUGAGGUGACUGUUCUCCUGAACCCAACAGAACAGUGGUAGUACACCGUCCGGUGACUGUUCUACUGAACCCAACAGAACAGUGGCAGUACACCGUGAGGUGACUGUUCUACUGAACCCAACAGAACAGUGGCAGUACACCGUGUGGUGACUGUUCUACUGAACCCAACAGAACAGUGGCAGUACACCGUGAGGUGACUGUUCUACUGAACCCAACAGAACAGUGGCAGUACACCGUGAGGUGACUGUUCUACUGAACCCAACAGAACAGUGGCAGUACACCGUGAGGUGACUGUUCUACUGAACCCAACAGAACAGUGGUAGUACACCGUGAGGUGACUGACUGUUCUACUGAACCCAACAGAACAGUGGCAGUACACCGUGAGGUGACUGUUCUACUGAACCCAACAGAACAGUGGCAGUACACCGUGAGGUGACUGUUCUACUGAACCCAACAGAACAGUGGCAGUACACCGUGAGGUGACUGACUGUUCUACUGAACCCAACAGAACAGUGGCAGUACACCGUGUGGUGACUGUUCUACUGAACCCAACAGAACAGUGGCAGUACACCGUGAGGUGACUGUUCUACUGAACCCAACAGAACAGUGGCAGUACACCGUGAGGUGACUGUUCUACUGAACCCAACAGAACAGUGGCAGUACACCGUGAGGUGACUGACUGUUCUACUGAACCCAACAGAACAGUGGCAGUACACCGUGAGGUGACUGUUCUACUGAACCCAACAGAACAGUGGCAGUACACCGUGAGGUGACUGACUGUUCUCCUGAACCCAACAGAACAGUGGCAGUACACCGUGAGGUGACUGUUCUACUGAACCCAACAGAACAGUGGCAGUACACCGUGUGGUGACUGACUGUUCUACUGAACCCAACAGAACAGUGGCAGUACACCGUGAGGUGACUGACUGUUCUCCUGAACCCAACAGAACAGUGGCAGUACACCGUGAGGUGACUGUUCUACUGAACCCAACAGAACAGUGGCAGUACACCGUGUGGUGACUGACUGUUCUACUGAACCCAACAGAACAGUGGCAGUACACCGUGAGGUGACUGUUCUACUGAACCCAACAGAACAGUGGCAGUACACCGUGAGGUGACUGACUGUUCUACUGAACCCAACAGAACAGUGGCAGUACACCGUGAGGUGACUGUUCUACUGAACCCAACAGAACAGUGGCAGUACACCGUGAGGUGACUGUUCUACUGAACCCAACAGAACAGUGGUAGUACACCGUGAGGUGACUGACUGUUCUACUGAACCCAACAGAACAGUGGUAGUACACCGUGAGGUGACUGUUCUACUGAACCCAACAGAACAGUGGCAGUACACCGUGAGGUGACUGUUCUCCUGAACCCAACAGAACAGUGGCAGUACACCGUGAGGUGACUGACUGUUCUCCUGAACCCAACAGAACAGUGGCAGUACACCGUGAGGUGACUGACUGUUCUACUGAACCCAACAGAACAGUGGCAGUACACCGUGUGGUGACUGUUCUCCUGAACCCAACAGAACAGUGGCAGUACACCGUGAGGUGACUGUUCUACUGAACCCAACAGAACAGUGGCAGUACACCGUGAGGUGACUGACUGUUCUACUGAACCCAACAGAACAGUGGCAGUACACCGUGUGGUGACUGUUCUACUGAACCCAACAGAACAGUGGCAGUACACCGUGAGGUGACUGUUCUACUGAACCCAACAGAACAGUGGCAGUACACCGUGAGGUGACUGUUCUACUGAACCCAACAGAACAGUGGCAGUACACCGUGAGGUGACUGUUCUACUGAACCCAACAGAACAGUGGCAGUACACCGUGUGGUGACUGUUCUCCUGAACCCAACAGAACAGUGGCAGUACACCGUGAGGUGACUGUUCUCCUGAACCCAACAGAACAGUGGCAGUACACCGUGAGGUGACUGACUGUUCUCCUGAACCCAACAGAACAGUGGCAGUACACCGUGAGGUGACUGACUGUUCUACUGAACCCAACAGAACAGUGGCAGUACACCGUGAGGUGACUGACUGUUCUACUGAACCCAACAGAACAGUGGCAGUACACCGUGAGGUGACUGUUCUCCUGAACCCAACAGAACAGUGGCAGUACACCGUGAGGUGACUGUUCUACUGAACCCAACAGAACAGUGGCAGUACACCGUGAGGUGACUGUUCUACUGAACCCAACAGAACAGUGGCAGUACACCGUGAGGUGACUGACUGUUCUACUGAACCCAACAGAACAGUGGCAGUACACCGUGAGGUGACUGUUCUCCUGAACCCAACAGAACAGUGGCAGUACACCGUGAGGUGACUGUUCUACUGAACCCAACAGAACAGUGGCAGUACACCGUGAGGUGACUGUUCUACUGAACCCAACAGAACAGUGGCAGUACACCGUGAGGUGACUGACUGUUCUACUGAACCCAACAGAACAGUGGCAGUACACCGUGAGGUGACUGACUGUUCUCCUGAACCCAACAGAACAGUGGCAGUACACCGUGAGGUGACUGUUCUACUGAACCCAACAGAACAGUGGCAGUACACCGUGAGGUGACUGUUCUACUGAACCCAACAGAACAGUGGCAGUACACCGUGAGGUGACUGUUCUCCUGAACCCAACAGAACAGUGGCAGUACACCGUGAGGUGACUGUUCUACUGAACCCAACAGAACAGUGGCAGUACACCGUGAGGUGACUGUUCUCCUGAACCCAACAGAACAGUGGCAGUACACCGUGAGGUGACUGUUCUACUGAACCCAACAGAACAGUGGCAGUACACCGUGAGGUGACUGUUCUACUGAACCCAACAGAACAGUGGCAGUACACCGUGAGGUGACUGUUCUACUGAACCCAACAGAACAGUGGCAGUACACCGUGAGGUGACUGUUCUACUGAACCCAACAGAACAGUGGUAGUACACCGUGAGGUGACUGACUGUUCUACUGAACCCAACAGAACAGUGGUAGUACACCGUGAGGUGACUGUUCUACUGAACCCAACAGAACAGUGGCAGUACACCGUGAGGUGACUGUUCUACUGAACCCAACAGAACAGUGGCAGUACACCGUGAGGUGACUGUUCUACUGAACCCAUCAGAACAGUGGUAGUACACCGUGAGGUGACUGUUCUCCUGAACCCAACAGAACAGUGGCAGUACACCGUGAGGUGACUGUUCUCCUGAACCCAACAGAACAGUGGCAGUACACCGUGAGGUGACUGUUCUCCUGAACCCAACAGAACAGUGGCAGUACACCGUGAGGUGACUGUUCUACUGAACCCAACAGAACAGUGGCAGUACACCGUGAGGUGACUGUUCUACUGAACCCAACAGAACAGUGGCAGUACACCGUGAGGUGACUGUUCUCCUGAACCCAACAGAACAGUGGCAGUACACCGUGAGGUGACUGUUCUCCUGAACCCAACAGAACAGUGGUAGUACACCGUCCGGUGACUGUUCUACUGAACCCAACAGAACAGUGGCAGUACACCGUGAGGUGACUGUUCUACUGAACCCAACAGAACAGUGGCAGUACACCGUGUGGUGACUGUUCUACUGAACCCAACAGAACAGUGGCAGUACACCGUGAGGUGACUGUUCUACUGAACCCAACAGAACAGUGGCAGUACACCGUGAGGUGACUGUUCUACUGAACCCAACAGAACAGUGGCAGUACACCGUGAGGUGACUGUUCUACUGAACCCAACAGAACAGUGGUAGUACACCGUGAGGUGACUGACUGUUCUACUGAACCCAACAGAACAGUGGCAGUACACCGUGAGGUGACUGUUCUACUGAACCCAACAGAACAGUGGCAGUACACCGUGAGGUGACUGUUCUACUGAACCCAACAGAACAGUGGCAGUACACCGUGAGGUGACUGACUGUUCUACUGAACCCAACAGAACAGUGGCAGUACACCGUGUGGUGACUGUUCUACUGAACCCAACAGAACAGUGGCAGUACACCGUGAGGUGACUGACUGUUCUACUGAACCCAACAGAACAGUGGCAGUACACCGUGAGGUGACUGUUCUACUGAACCCAACAGAACAGUGGCAGUACACCGUGAGGUGACUGACUGUUCUCCUGAACCCAACAGAACAGUGGCAGUACACCGUGAGGUGACUGUUCUACUGAACCCAACAGAACAGUGGCAGUACACCGUGUGGUGACUGUUCUCCUGAACCCAACAGAACAGUGGCAGUACACCGUGAGGUGACUGACUGUUCUACUGAACCCAACAGAACAGUGGCAGUACACCGUGAGGUGACUGUUCUCCUGAACCCAACAGAACAGUGGCAGUACACCGUGAGGUGACUGUUCUACUGAACCCAACAGAACAGUGGCAGUACACCGUGAGGUGACUGUUCUACUGAACCCAACAGAACAGUGGCAGUACACCGUGAGGUGACUGUUCUACUGAACCCAACAGAACAGUGGCAGUACACCGUGUGGUGACUGUUCUACUGAACCCAACAGAACAGUGGCAGUACACCGUGUGGUGACUGUUCUACUGAACCCAACAGAACAGUGGCAGUACACCGUGAGGUGACUGUUCUACUGAACCCAACAGAACAGUGGUAGUACACCGUGAGGUGACUGUUCUCCUGAACCCAACAGAACAGUGGCAGUACACCGUGAGGUGACUGUUCUCCUGAACCCAACAGAACAGUGGCAGUACACCGUGAGGUGACUGUUCUCCUGAACCCAACAGAACAGUGGCAGUACACCGUGAGGUGACUGACUGUUCUACUGAACCCAACAGAACAGUGGCAGUACACCGUGAGGUGACUGACUGUUCUCCUGAACCCAACAGAACAGUGGCAGUACACCGUGAGGUGACUGACUGUUCUACUGAACCCAACAGAACAGUGUAAUGUAUUAUUCAUCUGAUUUUUUCUAUUUGUCUCCUGUAAAUAUGUGAAGAGUUUGAAAGGCUUAUUAUUACCUGGGUGUUUGAAACGGGUUUAUAUAUCAUCAAGUUCUUGGUGUAAAAUAAUAAAACACGUUGUUUAAACUGGU